UGAUGCUCGAGCGGAUGAGGUGAGGUCGCGGGCGGUAAGGGAAAGUCGGGCAGAAUCAGCGGCUCUUUGCUUGCCUCGACUUCUUGCCUCUCUCUUACUCGCAUUUCAUUCCCACUGCAAUCAUGGCGCCCGAUCGGACUGGGAAGAGUGUAUUCCUGGGGAACAUCCCCUACAACCUCACCGAGGAACAAGUCAAAGAUAUCCUCAGCACGGCCGGUACCGUUACCAAGUUCCGAUUGAUGAUGAACCCCGAGACUGGCAAGCCCAAGGGUUAUGGAUUCGCAGACUUUGCGGAUGCCGAUGCCGCUGCCUCGGCGGUGCGCAACCUUAACGAUCACGAAGUCAUGGGCCGCAAGAUUCGUGUUGAUUGGCCUCACAACAACGAGAAGGAUUCUGUACCUCCAGAUUACUCGCAGCAGUCGCAACCGAUGAUGAACCAAGAUCCCACACAGCAGCAACCGAUUCAAGGCGUGGAACUCCCGCCUCAAAUCGACUGCCCCAACGCCAUCUCCCACACUCUCGCAUCCCUCCCACCAAACCAACUGCUCGAUGUUCUGACACAAAUGAAAUCUCUGGCGGUUGCUGACCCGGCGCGCGCCACUGAAUUGCUGCGCCAAGCGCCUCAGCUCGCCUAUGCCGUCUUCCAGGCGCUACUCCUCAUGAAUCUGGUCGAAUACCAGCUGCUUGGUUCCAUCGUUGAACAGGCUGCCCAGCCUCCCCAAGUUCCGCAACAGCCAACUCCCCAACAAUUCCAACAAUACGGUGUUCCUGGUCAGAUCUCUACACCGCCUGUCACCGGAACUCCUUUCGCCCCUCCCCCGGUUCAACCUGCCGCCCCGAUGCACGGCCAGGAGGAGCUCCUUCAGCAAGUCCUCAGCAUGCCCCAGGCUACUAUUGAUGCUUUGCCUCCUAUGGAAAGAAGCCAGAUCAUGCUGCUACGCCAGCAAUUGAUGCAGAGCGGCAUGCGGUAG